UUUUUGGUUCCUUGAAUUUCCGUUGAAUUCAUGUAUUUAAGAAGAUCUACAUGUACCUCUUUAUCAUCCCUCACUCCUUUGUCUCCUUCUUUCUUUUUUUUUAAAUGUCUUUUUCUCAACUCGUUUUCUUUUCAUUAACGCCAGAAGACUCUCCAUUGGCAUAUGAAGACGAGCAAGAAGCCUGUAAAUGGAUUGAUGAUUCAGAAUGCCAGGAGAACCUAUCUCAUAUUGUCUCUCUUACACCAGAGGAGUCUAUUAUUGACAAAGAUAACCAUAUACAUUCCUUUUAUCAACUCUUUUUUGAAGAGCUAGGGUACCUCACUGAAGAACCUGAGCCUAUUGAUCCUAAUAGAGAUUAUAAUCAAGAAGCAAAAGACUUGAUGAACCAACGAGACAAGAGAAUGCGUCAAAAACAUGUUGAUCUUUCCCGCUUGCCCUCCUUAGAAUCUUCCUCUCAAUCAGGGGUCUCUUCUUCUUCUUCCUCUAUACACCAUGAAUCUCAUAUAGAUAUCAGAUCGCCCUAUUACUACAUGACUAUGCAUUGUACAGCUUCACCUUAUCACUAUGGAGUCAAUCAUCGCCCCAGUAGAAUUCAUUAGAUUCUUUUUAUUACAUAAUAAUAAUAUACCCUUUUCUCCCUUUUUUUUAUGUCGAAAAAUAUGCCGAGUGUACACAGUUGAAAUAAAUGAUAUUCCUUAAAACGAAUCAGACAAAUAAUCUUCCCUUUUAUGAAUAAACCGUUUACAUUAUGAAAU